AUGAUUGCUGCUAAAUGUUCAGUAAACUUAUUUAUCUAUCUUGUCCUCAAAGCUGAUUUUCGUCAAAGAGUCUACGAAAUUUUAGGCUGUUUAAGUGUUGAUGAUUGGCAAGAUAAAGGGCGAGUGCUUGGUGAUACGGCAAGAAAUGGAGGUGGUGGAAGAAAUAAUGGAGUGAAUAAUGCUGGAUUUGUUAGUUAUUUUUGUUUGAACUGUUGUCUGGGAAAUUUAAAAGUCGGGUUUGAAUGUCGGAAUAACAAACCUUUCUGGUUAAAGAUUGGUAAUUCUUUGAAAAAUCCGCAAAAAUAUCUCAAGUUAUGA